GGAGGAAGGGGCCGAGCCAAGGCGGUGGGUGGAGCGGCGAGGGGGGCGGAGGCUGGGCCGCGGCGGGCGAGCGGAGCGGCGCGCCUGUCCGGGGCUCGGUGGCGGCGGCGGCGGCGCUUGAGGAGGCAGAGGCGGCGGCGGGCCGGACGAGCGCCCGGAGGUGGCGGACGAGGCGCCGGGGGCCCCCAUGGGCGGGUGUGUGGGCGCCCAGCACGACUCCUCGGGCAGCCUCAACGAGAACUCGGAGGGCACCGGAGUCGCUUUAGGUCGUAACCAGCCUUUGAAAAAGGAGAAACCCAAAUGGAAAAGCGAUUAUCCCAUGACAGAUGGACAACUGCGCAGCAAGAGGGAUGAAUUUUGGGAUACUGCACCAGCUUUUGAAGGCCGUAAAGAGAUUUGGGAUGCCUUGAAGGCUGCCGCACAUGCUUUUGAAAGCAAUGAUCAUGAACUGGCACAAGCAAUCAUUGAUGGUGCAAACAUAACAUUACCACAUGGUGCACUCACAGAGUGCUAUGAUGAACUGGGCAACCGGUAUCAGCUUCCAGUCUACUGCUUGGCACCACCAAUUAACAUGAUAGAGGAAAAGAGCGACAUAGAGACUCUGGAUAUUCCUGAGCCACCACCUAAUUCUGGAUAUGAAUGUCAGCUCCGUUUGCGCCUUUCCACAGGCAAAGACCUCAAACUUGUGGUCCGCAGCACAGACACUGUAUACCACAUGAAGAGGAGGCUACAUGCAGCAGAAGGAGUGGAACCGAGUAGCCAGCGAUGGUUCUUUUCGGGCAGACCUCUCACCGACAAAAUGAAGUUGGAAGAGCUGAAGAUCCCAAAGGACUAUGUUGUACAAGUUAUAAUGAGCCAGCCUUUGCAAAACCCAACACCAGUUGAGAACUGAUUGAUCCUACUGGCUGGUCCCAGGAUCCCUCCCACUCCUUUUUAUUGUCGUUGUCAUUUCCUACUCUAUGGCGUGAAAUUUAUUUUCACUGCUCUGAAUUCCAUAUGAAUGGAUUUAGUUCUGAGGAAUUACCAGUGAAAAAUUCCAUCUGUGAUGGAGACCAACAAAAAUAAUUAAUAAAACACAAAGAGCCAGCCUUUGAGACUCAUGUAAUUACAGUUUCUAAUUUGAAAGGCAGUUAAAAAAUAGAUAACCAUUUAUUUUAAAACACCCAACAACAAUGUAACAACUGUAUUUAAAUGAUUUGGACUGUAAAUAGAAUGUUACGUCCAUGAAGAACAGCACCAAGCACCUUGUCAAUACAGAAUUUGAAUAUACAUAUAUAUAUACACAUACGUAUGUGUAUAUAUAUAUAUAUAUAUAUACCCGAAAAUAUCAAUAACAGUUA